ACCGCCUCCGACGAAAGAUUUGGCUCUGAAAGUGUUUCGAAGCAAACAAACCGACUCGGAGCAAUCGUUUGUUAAAUUCCAAAUGUUGACUGUCUUUCGCGAACCAAUAUUAAGUUGAUAAAAUUGUGAAUUUGGAAGAUUUUUAUUUCCAAUUAAAAUCUUUUAAUUUGAUAUAGUUUGAAAAUUUUUUGUUAAUUAAUCAAAUGGAAGUGCAUGUAUUAUCCGAGGGGUUGAUCUUAUGCAAUAUUUGAUCUCUCGUCAUGGAACAGCUUGUGUCCUGAUAUUAUAGUGUAAAGAUUCUAGUCAAAAAAUGCAAAUUGAUUUUUUUUAUCUAUUGUAGGAAAAACAAUCGUUCAGUGUGAAGUGCAAGUGUAAAAACAGUGUCAGUCAUGUCGUGGGUUCCACCGGACGUGUCACAGUUUUGCUCUAUUCACUCCAAAGUUUCAACUUGUCAACCAACAACAUACUUUUUCCUAGCGUUUGUGUCACGCUUACUAGGUUACUCUACAGAUCACAAUUAUAAUGUAGCAGGCCAUAUAUCAAACAAUUACCCGACAGGAUAUCAUCAUAUUAAAUACCCACCAAAUAUUCUCAAUAAUUUAGGCAGUGAUACCCCUAACUAUGGGUAUGAAUUCACAGAAUUUUAUCCAACGGAACCAAAUCAGUUGAGUGGUGCAACUUAUUACAUUUCUCCUGGAAUUUAUCAAAAAUACGGGACAAACCCUGUGACGAGGGACGUGCCUAAACCCAUCUUAAAUAUUGCUCAACCCUACGAUUCUGGAUUUGAAGCUCCAGUAUCUCCAAGAAACAUUAUCUACCAACCUUCGACGAAAUCAUUACAAGAUUUAAGUGGGUACGUCGGUUCUGGUAACCGUAAUCAAGUUUAUUUUCCGCCCGAAUCUGUCAGACAUCCUUAUACAGAAAUACCUUCUAAUAAUAACAAAUUGAAGCAUGUACAGAAUAAAUUCGAGGGAGUUGUGCCCUUUUUACAAGGAGAGGAGACCUCACUCGUGCCUUCCCAUUCCCUCAACUUUUUGCCUAAUUAUUUCGAAUCUGUACGAAUGCACCCAAAAACAAAAGGUUCGUACAGUGUAGGUGCUCAUACAAUUAUCAAUAAUCACAAUAGGAUGGUCAGAGAUGUAGGAGCUAUACUUGACACUACCAGACUUACUCAUUCUCCAAGUAUAUCUGAUGCUGAUAGCUUUUGGAGAAAUAAUGAUCCAGGACCUGUGUUAAAAGUGCAACCAGAAAGUGAUAAUGUGGCAAAUUUUUCGCCAUUUUUUCCUUGGCCAAGUAGCAGUGAUCACGAACAUACACAAGGUCCUGCAGCUCCAGCCGUAUUUCCAAAACCAACUGGGUUCGCAGCUAAGACGUACGAUUUUAUUAUCGUUGGUGCUGGAUCUGCUGGAUGCGUUCUUGCUAAUCGCUUGACGGAGGUUCAUAAAUGGCGGGUACUUUUGUUGGAAGCUGGUAUCGAAGAGCCAAAAGUAGCCGAUGUGCCUGCCUUUGCUCCUAUGCUUCAAGGAAGCAACAUCGACUGGAUGUAUCGUACGCAGCCAGAAGGAAAAUCUUGUCGUUCGAGAAUAAACGGGGGUUGCAGUUGGGCUCGUGGAAAAGUAAUGGGUGGUUCAAGUACAAUAAACUAUAUGAUAUAUAUCCGAGGCAAUCCUCAAGAUUAUGACACGUGGGCUGAAAUGGGAAAUCCUGGCUGGAGUUACAGGGAAGUUCUCCACUAUUUCAAGAAAUCAGAAGACAAUGAAGAUGAAGAUAUUGUUCGCAAGAGUCCUCAUUAUCAUGGAACUGGAGGAUAUCAAACAGUAGAGCGAUUCCCCUAUACAGAUCCAAAUUCAUUGGUGCUAAUCAAAGCCUGGGAGGAAAUUGGCUACAACAAAAUAGAUGCCAACACAGAAGAGCAAAUUGGAGUUAUGAAAUUGCAAACUACAUCAAUACAUGGACUACGACAAAGCACAAAUGGUGCAUUCAUCAGACCCAUUAGGAAAAAGAGAUCUAAUCUCUUUAUUGAGACACAAGUUCAUGUAACAAGGAUCCUCAUUGAUCCAAAAUCAAAAAAAGCUAUAGGUGUGGAGUUCAUGGAUACAGUCACUGGAUACACGAAAACAGCCAUGGUUAGUAAAGAAGUUAUUAUUUCAGCUGGCAGUAUCAAUUCUCCAAAAAUUCUGAAACUUUCUGGAAUAGGACCAGCCGAUGAACUUAAAAAUCAUGGAAUCGAGGUGAUUUAUGACUCUGCAGUAGGAAAAAAUCUUCAGGACCAUGUAACUAUGAAUGGAUUAGUAAUUGACUUGAAUAAUAAAACAAUGAAAAUGGCAGAUAUUGAGCAAAUGAAGAAUGAUGUUUAUGAAUUUCUGGAUACACACAAUGGUCCUUUAUCUUCAACAGCAACUGUCCAAGUUGGUGCUUUUGCUCAGACGAAAUAUGAAGUAAGCUACAAAGCUCCAGAUCUUCAGUAUAGCUUCGAUGGAAACAAUAUCCACGAUUUUCUGUCUAAGGAUAUGGCUGCUGAGAUUAAGGCACUGCCUUUGACUUAUUACGAUUCAAUCAACAUCAAGCCGAUUUUACUUUAUCCCAGAAGUAGAGGAUUCAUCAGGCUGAAUAAUACAGAUCCAGUUUGGGGAUCACCUCUUAUUUAUCCCAGAUAUUUUACAUCUAGGCCCGACCUAAAUAUUAUGAUUGAAGGCAUCAGAAUUGGACAACAGUUAUUCCAUACAAAUACUUUCAGAAAACAUGGUUGGCAUAUGGUUGAUGUUCCACUACUACCUUGUCAAGAGCAUAUUUUUGACAGUGAUGAAUAUUGGGCUUGUGUUUUGAUGGAAUUUACUGGAACAAUAUAUCAUCCUACAAGUACAUGCAAAAUGGGACCAAAAGAAGACCCAGAAGCUGUUGUUGAUCCGAGGUUAAGAGUGUAUGGAGUGAGUAAUCUUCGAGUUGUCGAUGCAUCUAUCAUGCCAGUUAUUGUCCGAGGUAACACGAAUGCACCAACAAUUAUGAUUGCUGAGAAAGCUAGCGACAUGAUCAAGGAGGAUUGGCGUGCGAGCUGAAAUCUGAUAUCAAAAUUAUAAACAUCAUAAGGAAAUCGUAAACUUAAAACUAAGAUUAUAGACGUUAGAGGCAAAAAAGCGUCUAUCUUUUACUCGCUUCUUCUAAAGUUGUUUUAGUUACUGUGUAAAAUUAUGUUGCAAAAUUCGUUACUGAAGUAGCGGGUGUUCCUAUACUUAAUAUAUUCGACGAGAUUCGAUUAAGAUUAUUUUAUACAAAUUGCUGUUAUUGUACAUCCAAAUAUUUUAUUUGUCAAUUUACAAUUAUUUAUCUAAAAAAGCAAAACUUUAGAAAGAAAUAUUAUGCAGUUAAACUAUGUUUUUAAUCGAUGGUGCGAUCUUAGAACUUAUAACUAAAUUGAAAAUGUAACCUAAGUCAGUUGUUCAAAUUUUACCACCCUAAAAAAUGGGUUUCAAACCCAUUUCUAAUUCGUAGUCAAAUGCACUGUAAUAUAACAAUAUUUAAUUUUUUUAAAUAGAAAUAUAUUCUAAAACAUGAUAAUUAAAUCAAAUAAAUUGCAUACGCUUUUUUACGAAACAUGUUUGUUGUCUUUUAUGAUGCCUAUUUCUUUACUAAGGCCCAACAUAUAAAAUAAUAAUACUACACUGAGAAAAAAAAUAAUGUCCCAAAAACAAAAUAAUUUUGUACAGCAGUUUUAGUUGUUCUUGCCAAUAUUUGGUUGCAACUACGAAAAAAGUAGUUGGAGUUACAAAACAAUUUAUUUGGCUCAAAGAAAAAAGCUUAUCAGGGACUUUUUGUUGAGUGUACCUAAGAAUUUUGUUGAGCGUACCAAACACGCAGCCGCGCAAGCGAAAAACCUAGAACUAUUUUCAUGUUUACUUAUUAAGUUGUUAGAUAAACACUGCUAAAUAAACUAAUGAUCAAGAAAGACAUUUAAUAAUGUAAUGUUUAAUUGUAUUAUUAUAAAUUACAAUUUGUUUAAAAUAUUAAUUUUAAUGAAAUAUCGAAGCAAUGUUGC